AUCAUGUAUGGUAUGGUUGGUUUUAUGGUUUAUAUAUAUUCUCCUUCGAGACAUGAGCCUACGACGCCGUUUGAAUCUGUAUGGCGAGUAACCACCACUGACACGGCAACCGCGCCUCUUUUCUGCUUCCCUCCAACCCUUUGGCGCUCUCAAUUAGGUUUGAUUUACUCCGACCUUUAUCAUUUUAAACUCGGCUGCGGCUCACUUCGUCGCUCUUUUCUCCGGCGCUCUCACCAACCGGGCCCUCAAUCCGGCGCCGGCCCGUUCUUAUCUCCGAGAUCCCCUGAUAUCCCCAGUUAUCUUUGCUUCUCCCAAGUGAAUUGCUACUAGUCAUCGGAUAGUCCAAAACCCUAGUCGUCGAUUAUUUCUUCAGUUCCUUUUUCGACUGAACCGAAGAACAAUGUCCAAGAAGUUCACCUCCCGGAGAGAGCUCCUUGAAAAAUGGAGAGGCAUCGAGGAAGAGGAGGAACAGGCUAGCGACGGAGAUCCUUCGAUUCUCCACCGUCUUCACCGCCAGAAAGAAGAAUGGUUCAAGAAUGCCUUCACUUUCUUAAUUGAGUUGCCCAAGGAAAGCCAUAUAUGGUGCGGAUUUUGGGAUUUGAUGGGGCCUCUUCUAGAGACAUUUUACAAUUACUUCAAAGAUGAGCGCCAGGAUUCUCCUCUUAAGUUGCUGUGGAAGAGGAUCUCUGACGAAAUGCAGCAAUGCAUCCAGUGCAUAUCCCAGCACCAUCAAGCUCAAGAGACGUACAGUAUGGAAUAUGAGUCGAGUUCCAUAGGCCCCCUUCUCGAUGUCCUACGGAGUCUAGAUGAGGAGAGGUUGACUCUGCAUUUAAGACAGAUAAAUUCGAGAUUGAAGAAACAAGAGUAUGAUCCUGGACGGGAUAAUGCUGAAGUUGUUAGUCUCAUGUAUGAGGUCUUGAUGUUUCCAGUCCUUCUGGAUGAUCAGUCCUUAUCUACGGAGUUUGAGCUGUUUAUUGAAUCAGUUGACAACAUGCAUGAACUUGCUUUGGCUGGACAUCAGCAGUUCCCGGGUGUUUAUGCAUUGCUUUUUUGUAACAGAAGAGUGCGAACUGUUGGUAGACGCUUGGCACGAUCGAUGGAGAAACUGAAGAGUUCAACAGAUUUGGAACCGUUGCAACCUUUGCUUAACAAAUUCAUUGGGUUCUUGGAGUCUGAAGUACUACCAUCAGCUUCUAGGACCUCAAGACCAAGAGCGCAGCUUGAUCGCCUGUCCAUAUGGUUGGGAAUUACAUCAUUGCUUGAGUUCUUGGAACCUCCAGCCUUUGAAGAGGGGGUAAUGGAGCGGUAUCCCAUCUUCUUUGAUGUAGUGCUCAACCAUAUCAGUGGUGAUUCUGCUGAUUUUUCUCAUGCGGUUAACUGUUUAAAAGAAUUGUUCAAGAUGCUAGGCUGUAAGCUUUGGCUGAGAUCUACAUUGUCUCCAAGUGUGCUGCGGAACACAUUAUUGGGCCAGUGUUUCCAUACCCGAAAUGAGAAGAUGCAUAAAGAUAUUUUUGAUCUUUUCCCACCUUUUCUGCAGUCGCUUGAGGCGUUGCAAGAUGGAGAACAUGAAAAGCAACGCAGACAUUUUCUCUUUUUUCUCCUUCAUCAAGUUUCGGUGAGCAACAACUUCAACAUGUUUGCAAGGAAAAUGGCAUGCAAGAUAGCGCUUCUUAUCAUACACAGAGGUUACACAAUGAACCCGCCAUGUCCUCCUUUUGAAUGUGCUCAUAUGUGGGGUCCUUCACUUGUGUCUUGUUUGAAGGAUUCCUCUCUUCAUAGUUCCCUUCGACAGCCUGCAUUUGACCUUGUUGAAAUCAUUAUAGUAUCUGAUGCUGCGGCACUGCAAGCGUCGCUGGUGAAAGACUAUGCGAAACUUGGUGUGGAUAGGGGGAAAUGUGACAUUAUGAAUGAUGAAGACUAUGAGGAUGGGCUACCUGUCAAUUUGAGUCUUGAAGAAAAGGACAAAAGUUGUUGGAGUGGGUUCAGUGCACAGAAUAAAAUUACACGCGAGGAGUGUAGAGGGUGGAUGUGUGUUCCCAUGUUGUGGGUUGAUGUCCUAGUUGAUAUGGAUCCGUCAAUUUUUCCAGUGUCAUUUUCCAAGGCUGUUUUCUGGGCCCGUUCUCAUUUAAUUUUGGUGGAACCUGAGAGUAGCGCACAAAUGGCACUUCCAAUUAAAACUUGGUUACAGUCUUCAGUCACAGAAAUCUCUGCUUCAUUUGGGUGGAAGGUUCCAGCUGGCUCUGAUGAUGGUGGCGAAGGGAAAGAGUCCAAAAACUCUGUCAGAGUGUCCUUGAUGCAUCUUCCUUUAAUACGAGCAUUAUGCAGGUCUUGUGAACACUUUAUAGCUCAGGUGGGGCAGGGGGAGCUUCGAAAGCAGUGGACGUGGGAACCAAGAAUGGCAGAGAGUUUGAUCCUUUCACUUCUUGAUGCCAAUGAUAAUGUGAGGCAAUUUGGUAAGUGCAUGUUAGAGCAGAUAUCGAACACUCGUGGUCUGUCCUCUAGCUUGAAGUUCCUUUGCUCCAGCAAUUCAUCUUUAGCAGCUGUUCUUUUGGGUUUUAGGCAUGCGUGCCAAGUGGUUCUGCAUGAUUCUGUGAUAUCGAGGUUCCAUACUCUGCAGCAUUUUUUCUUUGUGCUUUGCAAACUUAUUAAAGAGGGUGAUUUACCGAAUCCGGAUCUAUCAGAAAAGGCAUCUGAGAACCUUGACGCUAAGAAGUAUUCUUCUCAAGGCGGGUUUCUGACACAGCCGUUUGUCAGUCCUGUGGUUGUAAACGUGGAUGAACAUUCAUCAAAAGCUGACUUGAAAUCUUUGGAGAACUUCUGUACCAGAUUGUCUGAAAUUGCAUGGCCGUUGAUUCGGAAAUGCUUGGUAGCAGGAAAGGAUUUUUUAGAUUACAGUCUGUGUCAGAUGACCUUUGUUCGUGUAUUGGAGAUACUCCCUCUCGUUGUUGGUAGACUCUGCACAUCUUUCAGUAAGCAUAGUUGGGAUUCCAGAAAGGUUGUGGAAAGUGUAUUUGACAUUCUAUGGCUUAGCAAUCUGAUCGACUGGGGAAAGUCAUCGCUUAAAGUUGUAGUUGUUUAUUGGAAACGUGCUGUAGCUUCAGUACUCAGUGUGGUCAAGUUGUCUUGCAGCAAUGCCUCUGCUGAGGCUGUCAGAACUAUAGAAAAUCUUAUAUCAAGUGAUAGCAUUGACAGCGAACUUCUAUCAGAGCAAGUUUCUCGUCUCUCUGUUUCAUUAUGUGGAAUAGUUCCUCCUGACUCUGGGAGAGCAAAUUUCCGGUCAAAAGCUUCAUCUACUGAGGGUUUUUCUUCAUUUAAAAGAUAUCCAUCCUCAGAUGUAGAAACUGUUGUUGAUGAGGAUCAUCAUGCACAAGUUAUUGAUUCAAAAUCAUCACCAGAUAGGGAGGACAAGAUGAACGUGAUUGUUCUUUCUGAUGAAGAAGAAGAACGUGAAGACUUGAAAUCAAAGGUGAAGCCAUCUACCAUUGACUCAGAUAGUUCCAUGUUGGUUGGUGAGGUUUUGCCUGCUAUCGCUGAUCGUCACAUUGAAGUUGGAAAACAGUUCUCAGCUGCGGCCACAGAAAACUCCGUGAUGUUUAAAGAUUCAUCACUUGAUAUCCAAGAAAAGGAUAGUUCAUACCUAUCCAAUCGCAAUUUUCAGAAGCAGGGUUCCAAUAAAAUAAGUUCUAAAUUUCCUGCUCCUGUAAAAUCAUCAGAAACAGGGGAAACAAAGGGAGUCAAAUCAGGAAUUACAUCCCAACUUCUAGAUGGUAUACAAAGCUCUUCAGCUGAAGCAGUUAAUUCCAGAAGUUCGAUUCAUGCUUCCGAUAGUAAGCUUUCGGAAAGGAGCAAUGCAAUGCUCAAAGAAAUAGUGAAUGAUGCUGUUGACGAUCUUUGGAACCCAGUAGUUAACUCCGCGAGGCAGCAGAAGUUGUACCUUCCAAAACUGAGUGUUCCUGGCCCCAAAAGGCAAGUUAUUCAACUGAAAACUCAUCUUGAUAGUAGACUUGGGAGUUCACAUAGACUGGACGCUGGGUUUAAAAGAUUCAAGCCUCCUAGACUUGAUGAAUGGUAUAGAUCCAUUCUGGCUAUCGAUUACUUUGCUAUUGUGGGAUUAGGCUCUACAAGUGAAGGUGAAAAUUCAACAGGUAGUAAAUUAAAGAAAGUACCUGUUUGUUUUGAGUCCCCUGAGCAAUACAUCGACAUUUUUCGGCCACUGAUAUUAGAGGAGUUUAAAGCACAGUUGCACAGCUCUUUUAUGGAAGUGUCCUCAUGGGAGGACAUGUACUAUGGCACAAUAUCUGUCUUGUCGGUCGAAAGGGUUGAUGAUUUCCAUCUUGUUCGCUUUGUCCACGAGGACAAUGAUUCCACAUCUUCGAAGAGCUUUGCUGAGAAUGAUCUUGUUUUGUUAACCAAAGAGGCUCCUGAAAGUGGUUCACAUGAUAUUCAUAUGGUUGGAAAGGUUGAGAGACGUGAAAGGGACUAUAAGAGGAGAUCAAGUAUACUCCUCAUUAGGUAUUAUUUGCUAAAUGGAUCUGCACGUUUAAAUCAAGCCAGGAGGCAGCUUAUGGAACGUAGCAAAUGGCAUGCAAGCAGAAUCAUGAGCAUCACUCCCCAAGUCAGGGAAUUUCAAGCAUUAUCAUCAAUAAAUGACAUUCCCAUUCUCCCUGUAAUUUUGAAACCUAUUGUCCAUUCUUCGAGUCACAUUGAACCAAUGGAGUUAACUUUGGGCAAGCUUUCCUCACCCUUAGUGCAACUGCUGAAGCUAUCAUUCAAUGAUAGCCAAAUCCAAGCUAUUAGUGAUGCUAUUAGAUUACCUCACUCCAGGAAAGAUUUUGAGUUGUCUCUAAUCCAGGGUCCUCCAGGAACUGGGAAGACCCGAACUAUUGUGGCCAUUGUCAGUGGUUUACUGUCUUCAGUUAAUAAACCAAGCCAAUCCAAUUGUUCUUUGCAUGGCAAAAAUAAACAAACUGGCGGUCCAAGUGACAUCUCAAGACCAAAGGUUAGACAGUCUGUUGCAGUUACAAGGGCAUGGCAGGAUGCAGCCUUGGCUAGACAAUUGAAUGAGGAUGUUGAAAGACAUGUAAAGCCAAUGGAUAGUUGUAUGAAGAGAAGGGUGCUCAUCUGUGCCCAGUCAAAUGCUGCGGUUGACGAGUUGGUGUCAAGGAUUGCAAGUGAUGGCCUUUAUGGCAAUGAUGGGACGAUGUACAAGCCAGAUCUUGUCAGGGUAGGGAAUGCAAAAACAGUUCACUCAACAUCACUUCCAUUUUUCAUUGACACGUUGGUGGAUCAACGUCUUGCUGAAGAGAAGAGGCAUCUGAAUGAUGCUAAAAGUGAUGCGAGGAUUAACUCAUCUAUAGAAUUGCGCUCUAAUCUGGAGAAGUUGGUAGAAAACAUUAGAUUCUUCGAGGCUAAGCGUGCCAACUUAAAGGAGGGCAAUUCACAAGACACGGAAGAUGAAAAGCUUGAAGGUGAUGAUGCAAAUGAAAUAUCGCGUGUUGAACUGGAGGUGAAACUACGCAAGUUAUACGAGCAGAAAAAACAAAUGAUUAGAGAUCUGAGUGCAGCUCAAGCACAGGAGAGGAAAGUGAACGAGGAAAUUAAAGGACUGAGACAUAAGCUGCGGAAGACUAUAUUAAAGGAAGCUGAAAUAGUUGUUACCACUCUGAGUGGCUGUGGUGGGGACCUUCAUACUGUAUGCUCUGAAUCUAUUUCAAGUUACAAGUUUGGGAGCCCAUCUGAGCAAACCCUAUUUGAUGCUGUUGUAAUUGAUGAAGCUGCUCAAGCUUUAGAACCUGCAACAUUGAUUCCUCUCCAGCUUCUGAAAUCCAAAGGAACAAAGUGCAUCAUGGUUGGUGACCCGAAACAACUUCCUGCAACUGUUCUCUCAAGUGUUGCUAGCAAGUAUCUUUAUGAAUGCAGCAUGUUUGAACGUUUGCAAAGAGCUGGUCAUCCUGUAACCAUGCUUACUAAACAGUACCGGAUGCACCCUGACAUUUGCCGGUUCCCUUCUUUGCACUUUUAUGAGGGCAAGUUGCUAAAUGGUGAGAAAAUGUCAGAGAAAUCAGCACCCUUCCAUGAGACUGAGGGCCUUGGCCCUUACGUCUUCUAUGAUAUUGUUGAUGGCCAAGAGCUUCGAGGGAAAAGUCCUGGUUCAAUGUCUCUUUAUAAUGAACGUGAAGCUGAAGCUGCAGUUCAACUUCUGAAGUUUUUCAAGAAGAGGUACCCGUCUGAGAUUGCUGGUGUUCGAAUUGGUGUGGUUACUCCAUACAAGCAUCAACUUUCGAUUUUGCGUUCUCGGUUAUCUAGUGCUCUGGGAUCAUCUUUUGCAGCUAAUAUGGAAUUUAAUACAGUUGACGGGUUUCAAGGUCGGGAAGUUGAUAUUCUGAUACUUUCAACUGUUCGAGCUAGUACCUCGAAUUCUACUGCAAAAGGUUCCAAUUCCAGCAGCAUCGGAUUUGUUGCGGAUGUAAGAAGGAUGAAUGUCGCUUUGACAAGAGCCAAGCUCUCACUUUGGAUUUUGGGGAAUGCUAGGACCCUACAAAGUAACCCUACCUGGGCAGCUCUAGUAAGGGAUGCUAGAGAUAGAAACUUGGUUAUGUCUUGUAAGAAGCCAUAUGAUUCUAUGUUUAAAAGAAGUUUAGCUAUGGAUUGUUCUACAUCAGAGAAAUCUGGCAGUGGAUCAAGACAUGCAAAGAAUGCUGAUAAUUUUGGUGGUAGCAGAAACCCUGAGAAACAGAACCAAAACAAGUUGCAUCCAACCUCGAGCAAGCCUAACUGCAGAAUUACAGACUCUGAUGAUCAAGUGAAAGUUGCUCAAGAUUGUGAUGGUAUUUGUCCUGAGAAGAGUGACAAGAAAAGCAGAAGGCACAGAGGUAGCGAUGGACAAGAUUUUGCAAUGAUGAAAGACAGUCAUGAUAUGAGGCAUUCAAAGAGCCCAGCUGCAGGUAAAGCUGUGGCGGAUGUUGAAAGUGAGGGCAUCAAGAGGAGUAAGAAGGGUAGUAAUUGGAAUUCUCGUACCGAAAAGGGGAAAACUGAUUCCUUAAACGUGGAUGGCAAUAUGGAUAGUUCAGAAAAAGAAGGCAGUGAUGGCCGUGAAAGGUCAAAAGUUCACGUAUCCAAAGGCGCAAAGGAGUUGCGUGCUCAUGAAAACAAGAUGAACACAGAUGUUUCAACUUCUGAAGGCAAAUCAAGAGGUAAGCAGGAAAAACCUGUCGAGGUUCGGCAGCAGGUGGAUGCUGGUAAAGACAUUAUAACAAAACGAAAACAACAGCGCGAAGCUGUAGAUGCAAUUCUUUUCUCAUCUCUGAUUCCUUCUAAGAAGUCAAAAGCAUCAGCGCCCAGUAACCCUUCCAAAAGGGCCGCCUCUCCAACUUCAACUGAUGCCAGGGCACUGAGACCAGCGAAAACCAAAAAGGGUGCACGAUGAGAUGCCGAGUCCUUGUAUAUAAUUCACCACUGCAGUGAAUAAAAUUUCGCAAGACGUGGAAGUGUAACAGUAAGUUUAGGUCAAAUGUUUAGGGCAACAGCUUUCUGAAAGCUCGGAAUUAGGUCUUGUUUUGGUACGGGAAACUCAGAGGUGGUCUAAGCAGGUGUUGUGGACAGUAUUGUAGGUUAUAACACCUCCAUUUGUAAAUCACUACUAUAGAGAUCCAAUUUUUACCCAAUUCUCUCCCUCUAGGGAUAGACAAAACAAAAGUCAUGUGGUGGGCAUAUGACAUCCACAUGAAGGAAGAAAGGGAAGAAAGGAUCUCUCAUAUUAAUUGGGGAUUAACCCCAGAUUUUGCCAUGUGAUCCGUAAUGUUAUUUUAUUUUAUUGGAGUCAUUUAAAUUCAUAUUUUAUCUAUAGUUGGUGGCUUUGGGAUCUCUAAUUAUUCGAGUAGUUAAAAGUCAAAACCUUUGUUCAAAAUGUGCCUUUACACUAGCGGCAAAAUGUCUCUCUUAGUGGUAUGGGCGUGCUAGUGGUGUGCAAUUGGUUGGUUCUUAUUGGACAACACUUGGAUCUGAUCAUACUGAAUUGGAUAUAAUUUGGUUCGUCGUUGAUCUCAUAAAUUUUAUAAAUGGUUAAGAAAAAUGAAUCGAACUGAUAGUUGGAUCGGAGCAAAUCGGAUCGAAUGCAUUGGGCUCGGUUUUUUUUAAUCCUAAGAUGUCUUUCACUUUUGGUUUUGGACCAUGGUUCUCAUGAGUAUGGUCCGGUUUUUGGUCCGGACUGAACCAUUGCACACCCUACAGGGGAUUCCAUAGCGAGUUAAGAAUCUAGAUCGUGAUAGUGGAGUACAAUGAUAUUUAGGUGUAAUUAGGCGGAGCUAGAUAUAGUCCAUAUUAGAAUUAAAAAAAUAAACAUCAUCUAUAAACUUAAACUUUCCCCUCAAAAUUUCAAAAGCUCAAUAAGUUUAUGAGCUAUUGAGACAUAAUUCUAUGAACAAAAAUAAGUUAUUAAUCAUUUGAAAAAAAUUGAAAUCUUGUAAAAUAACUAUUUCAUUCAUAAUUUAUUACCAUUACUAUUUUAGGUUAAAUAGCCUAAUUUCAAAGAUAGAGGUGAUUAAAUAUGUGAUUUAGCUGAAAUAAGUGUAUGCCUUAUAUAAUUUUAUAAUGACGUCUCCUUCAAACCAAAUAGCAUGAUUGGAUCCGUUGCAGACGUGGGCGGGUCCCACGUAGGAUAUCGUCGUUGUUCGUUCUACGGUUGAUGGAAGUUGAUUUCUCCCGCCCUUUUAAUUUCCCAUGCCAUUUAUACAAAAACACUAAAUGUGGGCAACCAUACCAUAUAAUUUUAAUUUUAUUUAUAAUGUCAAUGGUUGCUGAAAAGUAUAUAUUUCACACUUCUGAACCCAUGUUAUAUAUUUUUAUUUUGACGAAAGAAGUGAAUUCAUUUGGUUUAUCUCGAUAUUGUUUGUAUUAGUUACACACCAUUCUUUUUAAUUUUAAUUGCAUCGCUUAAGUGAGCCGCACAUAUUGUUCGGUUUAUGAUACAUAAAAAAACGUUCCAGAAACUGUGUCGGUAAAAAUAAAAAUGAGAAAGUCAAUUCCAUUUUUUUCUAGAAUACAUUUUUUUAAAUACG